AAGUGUAUAAACCUUUUCAUGCACUCAUACUAACUGACUGAUCACAUCGGAUACACAGCUGAGACACUUUUAAUAUUACUGAUUACUUUAUUUCUGCAAGCAAAAUGAAUUCAACAGAAAGUGAGACUUUCUACACCAGUGAUGGGUACAAUUCUUCUACACCCUUUACUGACGGCACCACAAUUGAAUAUUUCUAUCCAGACGACGACGAAGACUUUCGUACAUGCAAUUAUGUGCGACACGGGGCUUACUUUCUUCCACCCCUCUAUGCCAUUUUCUUCCUCUUAGGUCUCCUUGGAAACUCUUUAGUAAUCUGGGUCAUCGCUUGCGGGGUUAGACUCCGUAGCAUGACUGAUGUGUGCCUGGUCAACUUGGCCAUGGCUGACCUGCUCAUGGUGUGCUCUCUUCCCUUCCUCGCCCACCAAGCCAGAGACCAGUGGCUGUUUGGAGAUGCUAUGUGCAAGAUGGUUCUGGGCAUUUAUCACAUUGCCUUUUACUGUGGAAUCUUUUUCAUCUGUCUGAUGAGCAUCGAUCGUUACUUGGCUGUAGUGCACGCAGUUUACGCCCUUAAAGCACGCACACGCACCAGUGGCAUUGCGGCAGCUGCUAUCACAUGGGUGGCUGGCUUUUUGGCCUCUUUUCCUGACCUGAUCUUCCUCAAAAGUCAAACCACUGUCAACGGUUCUCAGAACUGCUACCCUGAGUUUCCCCAAACAUUACCCGACGAUGACUCUAGCAGCCUUCAUUACUGGAGAGUGUUUAGUCUCUUGAAAAUGAACAUUCUGGGCCUGUUUAUCCCAGUUUUCAUCCUAGGCUUCUGCUACUCUCAGAUCAUUUGCAGGUUGCUGUCAACCCAGUCUUCCAAGAAGCAGGCCAUCCGUUUGGUAUUUGUAGUGGUGUCCGUUUUCUUCUGCUGCUGGUUUCCUUACAACGUGGCAACCUUCUUUUCAGCACUGGAACUUCUGCAUGUCUACACCGCUUGUGAAAGCAGUAAGGCCAUCAGACUGGCUUUACAGAUUACCGAAGUCAUUGCAUACUCCCACAGCUGUCUCAAUCCCAUUCUGUAUGUCUUUGUCGGGGAGAAGUUCAGGAGGCACCUCAUAAGGCUGAUAAACAGAGCUCCAUGCAGUCUGUGCCAGGUGAUCAAGAUGUACAUUCCUCAAGACAGAGGUGCCUCGGUGUACUCGCAAACUACCAGCGUGGACGAAAGGAACACUGGGGUGUAAUCUGGUACUUUAAAUUCUGUUACUUAUAUCAAUACCUUUGUGAACAUCUUUUAUACACAGACUGUUCAUGUGAAGUCAGAUAAGGUCAUGCUAGUUUCAAGUUAACGGUGAGGUACCUUUGACUUGUUUUCUUGUUAUGACGGCCGAUGGUGUAUAUGUAGAAACUAGACUGAAUGUAAUACUUUCCCAUUAACAGUGUCUUUCAGUGCACCUGGUAUUUCUUAAUGUACAGCCUUUUUUUUUUUUUUUCUCCCCACCAGCGGGUCUUUUUGUGGGCUCUAGUGCCCUUUAUAUGACAGUAGGCUGACAGGAAAGGGAGAGGGAGAGGGGGGAAGACAUGCGGCAAAUGUCGCCGAGUCCGGGAUUCGAACCCGCGACUGCCGCGUCGAGGACUCAAGGCCUCCAAAUGUGGGUUGCGCUAUCCUCUACACACCACCACAGCAUGCCCAAUGUACAACAUUUUAAAAUAUCUUCCAAAAAAGUGUUUCUGUCAAAGUCUUACAUUUUAUAAUCUCAAUGUAAACCUUUAAAAAAAAGUUUUAUGCUCAGAUUUUUAAUACUUAUGUUUCAUUCCAUUCCAAUGUUUUAAAUUUAAAUAUCUGCUGUUCAUUUUCUGCCUUUUCAUUUAGUUUGGAAGAAUUUGGCUCUUAAAACUUGCUUUUGGAGGGAUUAGACAUUUUCUUUGUUGUUCACUUGCAGUGAAUUUCUUUUGGGAAAUUACAAAAUUAACAGUUUAUUUGCUUGAAUUUAGAUUGUGUACAGCUAGCUAAACCAAUAACUCUUACAAAUCUUAAUAUAUGCAGUACAAAGGUGUCAAAGUUAGAAAAGUCAAUAAACUAUCAGAGCCAAAAAGAGCAAACUUAGGUUGGUCAAAGUUAACUUGCUCAAGUUAAGAAACUUUUACAUUACAGCGGUAGUUUAGAUUUAAUGUCAUAUCAUAGACAUUGUGUAAUAAACAAAGAUUAUACAAAAAAAAUAAAAAUCAGACAUGUUACUACAAAAUAGGAAAUUAAUCAACUUUAUGAGCAAAUUUUUAUAUAUAAUCACUUAGGUAAGUCUGUUUUAAUAUACACACUUUGUAAAACAUAGGCCUUAACUUUCAAUCAUUUUGGUUUAGAUGUAAAAUGUAUUACCACAUGAGAUUCUUACUAAAUUCAUUUGAGGCUGCGGUUAUUAUGUUUACUUGUCCUACCACAGUUUUUAUUUCCACUUGACUUCCCACAAAUAGGCGUUGAUGCAUCAAUCUUUGAACAGGCAGCUUCUUUUGCAUUAACUAUUAGUGGGAUACUAUACCUGUGGUGGUUUUCAGUGGCUCUGUAUUUGCCAAGUAAGCAGUCUUCCCCAUAUGCAUGUAGACCGUAACACAACAUUUUUGAUUCAAAACAAUCUUUUUUUUAUUAUUAUUAUUGAUUGGAUGUAAUAUUUGUAAUUUCUGAUAAACAGAAUAUGUGGUUUUGGCUGUACGCUUUUUUUGAUGACAUUCUAGUUUUAUUGUGAUACACUUGUGUUUACACUGUGCAUUUUAUUAAGCCGACUGCAGAUUGUUGAGAAACGGAAAACAUGACAGUAUGUGUCUGCAAACAUCACAUCAGAAAUAAUUUUGAGCUGAACUAAAAUCUUUCUUCCUGAGAUAAGUGUGAAACCAUCAUGCACAGCAACUAUGUUGUUAUCAUUCGUUGUAAUCAUCCAUAAGCAAAAUAAACUAAGAUAAAUUACAAAUAAAGAUUGCGAUAGAGUUCUCUGUUUGAGAUUGGUGCACAGUACAAAGCCUCUAAUGCAACCUGCAGCAUUUGCUUGGUUGAUUUAGAAACAUGUUCUGCAGAGGAUCUGUUCCACACCUCAACCUAAAAAAAAAAAAAAAAAAAACACAACCUGAAAGCGGAAACGUAUAACCAAGCUGUGAGUUUAACCUUUUCAGGCUUUGCAAGCACU